GUCUCUUUAAGAAGCUGUGGUUAAUUCAGUGUUACUGGAUGCGUUAGUUUCUGCUGCUGCUGCUUUGGAUGUUGCAGUGUGACCGUGGACAUAAAGAAAAGAAAAGCAGCAACACACAUCCAGUCGCUUUUACACCCAGAUAACACAGGCUCUACACAACACACAUCAGGAUUACCAUCGGAAGAUGCGUUAUAAUUAGCCUAAAGAAACCAUCAGCAUCGUCUGUUGUGAUCCGACACAAAACCAGACGCACUGGUUGGAUUUGGGGUUUUAUUAUUACUGGAGGGACAAACUGAACAUCAUCGAAACGGAUAAAUAAACGCGAUGUCGUCGGAAAAACACGGAUUGGAGGAGGCAGCGGGAAGGCAGUCCAUGUCUCAGCCGAUGAUGCAGAUGGCUCCGCCUCCUUACCUCCCUGCCCAGGACCCCAACAUGGCUCCACAUCCUCCUCCACCUGGCUGUGGCCAACAGCCCAAUUACCCCCCUCCCCCUCCCCCUCCUGGAUCAGAGGGGUACCUGCAGGAGACCCAGUUCCACUGCGGCACCCUCGGGCCCCAGGGGGCUUCGAACGGAUACCCGGUGCAGACGCACGGACCAGUGGGCACCGUCCCUCAUCCCCCAGUGGGCUAUAUACAUACGGGAUACCCCCUCCAGCUGCAGCCCUGCACGGCCUACGUGCCCGUCUAUCCCAUAGGCACAGGGGCGCAGCCUUACAUGCCCAACGGUGCACCUCAUCCAGGUGUUGCCCCCGGCCAGAUGGCCAUGCAUAUGCCCAACGGCAUUGCUCUGAUGGAGUCUCGUCGUCCUCCUCACGACUACCUGCCCAUCGCCGUCCUCACCACUGUCUGCUGCUUCUGGCCCACAGGAAUAAUCGCCAUCAUCAAAGCCGUGCAGGUGCGUACGGCUGUGGCUCGGGGCGAUAUGGUUACAGCAGAGAUCGCCUCGCGGGAGGCACGUAACUUCUCCUUUAUCAGUCUGGCGGUGGGGAUCGCCUCCAUCGUGCUCUGCACCAUACUCACGGUUGUGGUCAUCAUCGCCUCUCAGCACCACGAUGACGACUGGGAGCCCUAGAGAGCACAGCGCGGGACGCACCUCCCAUCCUGACCCCAGGCCAUCAUUCCAGUCGGUAUUCUGCUUUUUCUGUCACACAGCACACUUCUGAUGCUCAAGACACCACAUCCUGAUCUGCAGUCCAAAAUACGCUUUUACAGCCAUUUGCCCAUGUAUUAGUUACAAAAUAGUUUGACGGAAUGGUUAAAUGUUGGGAACACAGCACAUCGACCAUGUUGUAAGCAGUGUACGCUCACACUCUCAUUAACUGACCUGAACACUUCCUGUUUCUCCAAAACAAAAGCCUGUUCUAGAUCAGUAGUUAGAAAUAUAGCGUACUGAAGACUUGAGCUAGGUCAGGUGUGUUAUCAUUUGCUCUUGAAAUUUGCCAAAAUGUUACUUUUUAAAAGAAACACAAAAGUACUACAAGAAAAUAAUUUUGGUAUAAUUAUGUUUUUUGAUCUUCAAAACAUUCCAUCUAUUUUUUGUGCCAUUUAUCGGUUUAGAAGGAUAAUAUAUUUCUUUUUCGGGAUGCACCGACAAAUUUAGUUACUGAAAGUGUGGCCAAAUUGUGUUUUCUAUACGCUAAGUAUUGAAAAGUGUAAAAUAAUGUAUUGAAUAAGUCGAACGACUAAUAGAUUAUUGGAAUAAGUAACAUUUUCAUUUCUGUCGUGUGGUUCAGAAGAGUGUAUAUCAGUGUUGAUUACUCAGUGGUUUCUUUUCUGAAACCCAAGGCCAGAAGUCUACUCUACGCAGUACACAAACACAGAUGCUAAUACUUGGCUAAUGUGUUGCAUGCAUGCAGUUCUGUUGGGAUCAAAUGAGAGUAGAUUAACAUUGGUGGAUUUAAUAAACUUGAAAAAUGGUUUAUUGACGUCAUUCCACGAUUUAAAUAAAAUACCUUCUGAUGUUCAUUCAUGUUUAUUUCAUGCUUUAAGUAAGUAUGAAAAUACGAUCUGUUCACAUGCCGCUAUAGCAAUCUGUCAUGACACUUUACAGAGCCACAAAACUGUAUUUGUUGAUUUAAUUUCUUUUAAAAUUACUAAAUUUGAAAGCUGAGACACUCAGCAAACUGUUACUCUGCCAUGACGAUACACUGAACCCAGAAGAAAACAAUUUAUACAAAUGUAUACCACCCCAUGUGGCAACACUGAGAAGUGCAAUGUGUAUUUGCGUAUCAUUGUGAAUUUCUGACAAGUUUACAAUGCAGUAAUAUGUGAAAAUAGCUAAAAGCAUUUGUGUUCAUGUACUUGCGUAGUGUAUGUCUUGGGCCUACGUGUUCCCAAGUGUCUUGUGUGCAAACCGGUCUCAAAUCAUUCCAGUUCAGAGGUGUUCAAAGAAUGUAUUCUUGGGUGAAAUUAUUACUUCAUUAUUGACUGCUGUAAAUUGGCUCUUCAUUGAAGGAACACAUGAGAUUUGUGUGUUGUGAACUACUGUAUUAUUUAUCGUUUAAACACUAAAUUAUUCAGUUGUGUAUUAAAUUGAUACUUCUAUAUUUAUUGAAAUAUGUAAUCAUAGGUCUAAACUGUUGUGCUGAAAUAUUUGGUUAUCUUUCCUAGAUAACAGUCAGUCAUCACAGAUGAUUGCUCAGCUGGCAUAUUUUGAUGACGCAUGUGAUAAUAUGCACUUUUAUGCUCAGCAAGCAAGUAGCCAGUCUGUCUCACUUCUUUGUAGAUGAGAGUGUAACUUGCUUCAAGUUCGGACCUCAUUGAAACUCCUCACAUGCUGCUGUCAGUUAGCUGUAGUUUGUUAGGUUAAUGCAUUUAGCACAAUGGUUUGGUUGAAUGAAAAGGACAAAACAAUCUUAGAGUGGUCCUACAAACACACACACACACACACACACACACACACAUAUAUAUAUAUAUAUAUACAUAUAUAUAUAUGUGUGUGUGUGUGUGUGUGUGUGUGUGUUUGUGUAGCUGACUGUAUAAUCUGUCAAACUCUUUGUUUUCAAACGAGAGUUUACCCAAAAUAUUUUCAUUUACUCACACUCAUGGCUGUCCAAAAACAUUUAUGACUUUCUUUUUUCUAUGGAGCAUAAAAGGAGAAAUAGACCAAAAUCUUGAUAAUUCCAUAAUCUGAAGCUGUUGAGCCCCCAAAAUGACCAAAAAACAUAGUUUAUAUAUUAUAUAUAUAUACAAUAUAUUAUUUGGCUUUGCAAGAUUUGUAACAUAGUGCCCAAAAUGUAUAAUUUUAUUUUAUUUUAUUUUAUUGUAAAAGACUGAAUCUGCUAUAUGUUGUGUUCCACGAAAGAAAGACAUAAAGAUAUAAAAGUAAUGCCAGAAUUUCAUUUUUGGAUGGAUUCAGUGGACAAUCUUUGCAUUUAUGUAUAAAGCUUUAGGAUUUCUACAUUUCUACAUGCCGAGAGUAAAACGAGCUUCAUUGUUUCAGUGAAAGACUAGAAAGAGAACAGCCAGUUUUGAUAAACAAGUGUCCAAAUGUGAAAGAUGGGAGAAAAUCAUCUUUUGCAUCCAUUUUGAGCUCUUACUUUCUGUCCUCUUCUGCCAUGACACUCAAUUUUAAGUAUUUAUUUUGCUGGUGUAAUUCGAACUGUGUCAUAUCGUUCUUUUCCUGCUCUCUUUAAUCGAUUUCUAAUAGCUUUCGGAUCUAUUUUUGAACAAAUGGCUUGCAGUAUAUUGCAAGUGUUUGGCUGAUCUGUUUGUUGAAGGACUUCUGAUGUUAGAGGUGUGAUUGCACAUGUUCAUCUUUAUAUGGGCUAAAAAUAUGACCCUUGUUUUCUAACUAAGAGAGCAUAGAUUCAAAAGAAAUCCUGUCUGUUAUUAAGACAAGCUAGUCUGAUACAUUUUAUUUUGGUGUUUUAAAGUUGUGCAAACACUGUACAGUUGAUGUGAACCUAACUCCUGUUUAUAAUUAGCCCAGCAACAUGCUUUUUCACACAGUUGUGAUAUAAAGCAAAUGCUUUAUUAUUAUAAACAUGGCCACUGAGAUCUGAUUGCAUAUAGUUACUGCACACAGUUUCUCUGAGCUUGUAAAUGUGGUAGGUUUAUAUAAAAAGCUGCGAGCUCCCUUGUGUUUGUGUGCUUUUAGAGGUUUAUUCUGAGGUGGAUCUCACACAAACCUGUCAAGAACAUGUUCAAGUCAGUGGAAAAAGAUAUAAAGUUAUACUUGCAUGAAUAAGCUUAUUUAAGGACUAUUAUUUAUUUUUGGCCUAACUUUGAUUGCAAUCAACCAUUUUUCCCAUUAAAAAAAACAAUAUUUCUUAUCGUAUUGCAAAUCUAAUGAGAAUUUCUCAGAAGAGAAAAACAUCCUGAGAGUUUGUCAAAAAUGGCUCUGUGAAAUAAUGUCUGUGAACUAAUGAUUUUGCUUUUUCCUUUGAUUUUGGAUGUGAACUGUGACAUGUUUUUGUGAGAUUUACCCUCUCAAUGAGCCCAAGCAUUGAUUUCCCGUGUAUGAAUCCAGUGAUUUGAAUUAAAGAGGAGUACCUGGUUGUGCAAGAA